UUUACACAAUCUUGGGUCUCUUCUGUCAUUUAUACACACAAUAAAUCCUUUGACUUUAGUCAGGUCUUUAAUCAGUGAAUGUCAGUGGACCAUUUGGGGUGGUGGAUCUAGGCUAUUGUUGUGAUUCUAUUGGAGAAACAUAGGUGUUCAUAGCUGACUCUGAAGACAUCAUGCCGGCUACUGCUCUCGAGGAGUUCUGCGGUUCUACCUUUUGGAAUUUGUCGCUCCUGCAGCGCGCUGACCCAGACCUGCCAGUGUGUUUCGAGCAGACCGUGUUGGUAUGGGCUCCACUGGGCUUCCUGUGGCUCUGCGCCCCCCUGCACCUGGCAGUCCUCUGCACAAAAGCCACACCUAAUAAACACCUGUCUAAGCUCUACCUCUGUAAACAGAUUGUGGUUGGGCUGUUGUUUUUGACCGCAAUAGCAAGUCUUGCUGUAACGUUAGGAGAGGAUUAUAAUCCAACCAGAGACCCCGCCACGACUGUGAGGAACCCUGGGAUAUUCUAUGCCAACCCUGUUCUCUUCGCUCUCUCAUGGAUCCUGCUGUUGCUGUGUCAGGAGGGUCUGAGGAGAAGGAAGGGAGCGGUGGACUCUGCCACCUUAUUCCUUUUCUGGCUGAUCCUUGUGCUGUGUGAUGUUUUCCCCUUCCAGACCCUGCUACGAGAGGCCCUCAGUCUGGACGAAACGGUGGAUGAAAUGGGCAAGAAAAAGAGCUUAGACCUCCCUCGUUUCUGCCUCUUUUACAUCUCCUUUGGGCUGGAGUUGAUUGCCCUUGUCCUCUCUGCCUUUGGAGAUGUCCCCCGGGAAGCAGAGGAGCUGGUCAAAAAGAAUCCAGAGGUCGGGGCACCAUUUCUCAGCAGGAUAACAUUCAACUGGUUCAACAGCAUGGUGCUAAAUGGUUUUAAGCGACCUCUGGUCCAGGAGGAUAUGUGGGAGCUUAGUGAGGCAGAGAGUACACUCCAGAUCAGCCAGAAGUUCCAGCAGAUUAUGCAGACAGAGCUAAAAGCAGCCAGGACCAGGAUCCAGACCAAACUUAGGAAGAGAGGGAUGAAGAAGACGAGCACGGUCCAGGGAGAAGUCCUCCCAAAUGGGCGUCAGAACGGCCUGGGGAAGGGGGUCAGCCAGGAUGUGUUGGUGAUGGAGGAAAAGGGGGAUGAAACAGACAAGACGAAGGAAAAGGAGAAAAAGAAGAAAGAAGAUAAAGCAGAGUACCCGGAAGCGUGGCUCAUCUCCACACUUGCCACCACAUUUAAAAGGGUCCUGUGGGAAUCAGCUUUCUUAAAGCUGCUAACGGAUUUGUUAUCCUUCGUCAGUCCACAAUUACUAAAGUUGCUAAUAUCCUUCACUACAGACAAAUCCAUCUACACAUGGACAGGCUACGUUUAUGCAGUGCUGCUUUUCCUGGUGACCAUCUUUCAGUCUCUGUUCCUGCAGCAGUACUUCCAACGAUGUUUUGUUCUAGGGAUGAAAGUCAGAACAGCCCUCACGGCUGCUGUGUACAAGAAGGCUCUGGUCGUAUCGAACGACGCCCGUAAGGAGUCCACAGUCGGGGAAACUGUGAAUCUGAUGUCCGCUGACGCUCAGCGAUUUAAUGACGUUGCUAACUUCAUCCACUUGCUGUGGUCAUGCCCAAUGCAGAUAGUGCUUGCAAUCGCCUUCCUGUGGAUAGAGCUGGGGCCUGCUGUACUGGCCGGAUUGGCUGUGAUGGUCCUCAUGGUUCCCAUUAAUGGUGUUUUGGCCACCAAGUCCAGGACCUUACAGGUGAAAAACAUGAAGUACAAAGACAAACGGAUGAAAAUAAUGAACGAGAUGCUGAACGGAAUCAAGAUCCUGAAGUUAUAUGCGUGGGAGCCUUCCUUCCAGAACCAGGUGAUGGGGAUCAGAGAACAGGAGUUGGGGGUGAUGAGGAAGUUUGCUUACCUGUCCUCUGUCUCUACCUUCGUCUUCUCCUGUGCUCCAGCUCUGGUGUCUUUGGCAACCUUUGCAGUUUUUGUAUCAGUGGACUCAGAGAAUGUUCUGGAUGCCGGGAAAGCAUUUACCUCCAUUUCUUUGUUCAACAUUCUCCGCUUCCCACUAGCCUUUCUGCCAAUGCUUAUUGCUUCCAUGGUGCAGACCACUGUUUCUAAGAAGCGUCUGGAGAAGUUCCUUGGAGGAGAUGACCUGGACACCAACAUAGUGCGCCAUGAUCCCAGCUUUAACACAGCUGUGAGUGUGUGCAAUGGAACCUUUGCUUGGGAGAAAGAUGCUGAACCAGUGCUGAAGAAUGUGUCACUGGACAUUAAGCCCGGCAGACUGGUAGCGGUGGUGGGAGUGGUGGGUUCUGGGAAAUCCUCUCUGAUAUCAGCGAUGCUUGGAGAGAUGCACAGCACGAAGGGCUUCGUCAACGUACAGGGGUCGGUGGCCUUUGUGCCCCAGCAGGCCUGGAUCCAGAACGCCACCCUCAGGGACAACAUCCUUUUCGGGUCCCCAGUACAGGAAACUCGAUUCCAGGCUACCCUGGAGGCCUGUGCACUGAUGCCCGACCUGGAGCUGCUGCCUGGUGGAGUCCAUACUGAGAUCGGGGAAAAGGGUAUUAACUUGUCUGGAGGUCAGAAGCAGCGGGUCAGCUUGGCCAGGGCGGUCUACAGCAAGGCUGAUGUUUACCUGCUUGAUGACCCUCUCUCAGCUGUAGACUCUCAUGUGGGCAAACAUCUGUUCGAUGAGGUGGUGGGACGUAGAGGACUACUCAAGGAUAAGACUCGUAUUUUGGUGACUCAUGGUGUUAGCUUCCUGCCCUACGUAGAUGAGAUAGUGGUGUUGAAGAAUGGCUGUGUUUCUGAAGUGGGGUCAUAUCAAAAUCUCAAGGACAGCAAGGGUGCCUUCUCGGAGUUCCUCAACACAUAUGCUAAAGAGGAUGGAAAGAAAAACACUGAACUGACCUCUGAUGGUGAGGAGGUGGAGGUAGUCCCUGAUGGACAGGAGGCCCAGCCAGAUGCCCCUCCUGAAGACAUUGUUUCUACCACCCUGAAGAGAGAGAGCAGCAUCCGACGCAGUCAACGCAAUGGAAGUGUGAGGUUGAGAAAGAAAAAUUAUUUAAAGAAAACAAAGCCAACCCCUGGCGACGAGAUCAAGAAGGGCCAGAGGCUGAUCGAGAAGGAAACCAUGGAGACGGGACAGGUGAAGUUUUCAGUGUAUCUCCAGUACCUGCGUUCAAUGGGCUGGUGCUACACCUCUAUGGUCUUUCUGGUUUACUUCAUCCAGAACGUGGCUUUCAUUGGUCAGAACCUGUGGCUGAGUGACUGGACCAAUGACGCAGUGGAAUACUACAACAUGACCUACCCCAACUGGAAGAGGGACACUCGGAUUGGUGUAUUCGGGGCAUUGGGCAUGGCACAAGGUUUAUUUGUAUUUUUGGGCACCCUGCUCCUGGCUAACGGCUCCAUCAAUGCGUCUCGUAUACUCCACUCCCAGCUUCUCAAAAACAUCCUGCGUGUUCCCAUGGUUUUCUUUGACACCACUCCAUCUGGCAGGGUUGUCAACCGCUUUGCCAAGGACAUAUUCACUGUAGACGAGGCCAUUCCCCAGUCGUUUCGUUCCUGGAUCAUGUGUUUCCUUGGUGUGCUCGGAACGCUCUUUGCCAUCUGCUUGGCCACGCCCAUUUUCACUGCCAUCAUCAUCCCUCUGGCUGUGAUCUACUACUUUGUACAGCGUUUCUACGUGGCGACCUCACGGCAACUGCGUCGUCUGGACUCGGUAUCUCGCUCUCCCAUCUACUCUCACUUUGGGGAGACAAUGUCGGGGCUGUCUGUGAUCCGGGCCUAUGGACACCAAGAUCGAUUUCUUAAACACAAUGAGAAAGUCAUUGAUGAAAACCUCAAGUCUGUUUAUCCCUGGGUAGUAUCGAACCGGUGGCUGGCAAUCCGUCUAGAGUUCCUGGGUAACCUGGUAGUGUUCUUUUCAGCCAUGCUUGCUGUCAUCUCCCGGGACACUCUGGAUAGUGGCCUGGUUGGUCUCUCCAUCUCGUAUGCCCUUAAUGUGACUCAGACCCUCAACUGGCUGGUGAGGAUGACUUCAGAACUGGAGACCAACAUUGUUGCUGUGGAGAGAAUCAGCGAAUACACAAAGUUAGAGAAUGAGGCCGAUUGGGUAUCAGGGCAACGUCCAUCAGAGAAGUGGCCAGAGGCUGGGAGGCUGAGGUUCGAGAACUAUAAAGUCCGCUACCGACCUGAACUGGACUUGGUGCUGCAUGGGAUUACCUGCAACAUCGAAAGUACAGAAAAGAUCGGUAUUGUUGGUCGGACAGGUGCUGGAAAAUCCAGUCUGACCAACUGCUUGUUUCGAAUUAUUGAAGCAGCAGAAGGAAGGAUCUUGAUUGACGGGAUUGACAUAGCUUCUUUGGGCCUACAUGACCUCAGGAGCAGACUUACUAUCAUACCACAGGACCCGGUUCUAUUUUCUGGGACACUGCGUAUGAACUUGGACCCGUUUGAGACCUUUAGUGAUGAGGAGAUCUGGGGCGUCCUAGAGCUUUCCCAUCUGAAGGAUUAUGUGGGGGGGUUACAAGAAGGACUGAACCAUGAGGUGUCAGAAGGGGGAGAAAACCUCAGUGUUGGUCAAAGACAGUUGUUGUGUCUGGCCCGUGCACUGCUGAGGAAGUCUCGCAUUCUGAUUUUGGAUGAGGCCACGGCCGCUGUAGACUUGGAGACAGAUGACCUGAUCCAGACAACCAUCCGACAAGAGUUUGCCCACUGCACCGUACUCACCAUCGCACACAGACUACACAGUAUCCUUGACAGUAACAGAGUGAUGGUGCUGGAUGCUGGUAAGAUCGUGGAGUUCGACUCUCCCAGCACUCUCUUCAACCAACAGGGUCACUUUUACUCCAUGGCAAAGGACGCUGGGAUCACUACGGUAGACAGCACUGUUUUGGACAGCACAUCUUUCUGAGCAGAGAGCAUCAUGGGACUUGUAGAACAAACAACCUCAUAGAGCAGUGGCUCCCAACCACAAUCCUCAAGUACCCCCUAACAGUACACAUUUUCAUUGUAGCCCCAGCCAAGCACAG